AUGAGGCGACUGAGAAGACGUGGCUCCACUGUUCAGGGUAUCGCCAUGAGCAUUCCUCUUCUUGAUGCUCCACUUCAGUUGGAAAGAGGUGUUGAAGAUGCUAAAAGUGGUGCCUCGAUAAAACAUCGACGAACUAAGUCUGAUGGAUGCUUGGAAGUCAAAUCAGCUGACAAAGUGUCAUUGCCAUCGCAUCUACUUUAUCCUUUUACGGAGCUGGAGAAGGUGACUUUGUGGAAUAAAGAAAUCAAUAAAUUUGAGAGUGACCUUACUAUUGACCUUGACGAUCAAUUGCUCCUGGAAGAUCUAUCAAUGGCUACUGCAAUUGAAUUUCAAGAGUAUUUGAAGUUCACCUUACACGAGAACCUUCGUUUCGAAACAGAGGCAGAAGCGAUUAUCGAGAAGUUGGAUGAAUUAUUGACCAUUAACGACCAGGUCACACAGCGAACAGAGGAGUUUCAAUCCAAGUCCAACAUUUUGGUUACAAAGGUAGACAAGUUGACUUCAUUACAGCAUAACCUAUCAGAUAAACUCUCGUUUUUUGAAGCUCUUGAUCCAAUUAUACAAACAUUAAAUACCACCAGUUCAGGCUCUAUUGUGCUUAAAGCCAGCUUCCAAGAAGACAUCUUAGCGAAGUUGGAUAAAUGUAUCCAAUUUCUUGACGAUCCUACCAGCAAAGAUUUCAAGGAAUUGAGCAUCUACAAGUUUAGGUUCAAACAGUGUAUGGUGAGAGCAUUGACUUUAAUGCGGAAUUACAUCAUUUCAAAUCUAAGAGAGGAGGAACAGAGGGCUCAGACUAAGAUAAAUGUGCAGAAAAAUGAUGAUAAUGAAACAUCUUCAAGGGUGCUUAUUGAUGCUACAUUGUAUAGUCAAUUCGCUAAAGACCUUUCAAAGACUUCCAUCCUUUUUAAGCGGCUAUACCAGCGUAGUUCGAGCAAACUGGAGGAAUCUGAGGAGUAUUUUGGACUUCUCAACGAUUGCUAUAACCAGUACUUCAAGUCGCGUGGAGCUUUACUGCAUAGCGUGAUAGGUUCAACUAGCAAGGAUGAUAAAGAUGCAAAGUCCUCCACAAGCCAGAAAAUACAGGCAUCUCUUUCCAAGUUUAGCAAACUCCUAAACAGAGAGUCUGCCGUUUUUAAGCGGAUAUUCUUUAUUCCUGAGAGUGAAAUCAUCGAGAACCGGGAUAACGAGGUAAAUAUUGGUGCCAUGAAUACAUUUUUUGAGUCUCUGGUGGAUCCGCUAUAUGAGUCGCUUAGAGAUCAGAUUAUUCGUGAAACGAGUAUUGACGAGCUUUGCGAGACUCUAGGCAUAAUAGAGGGAUAUUUUGAUUAUGAUUAUGAGGACGGAAAUACAGCAAGUGGCAUAUCAACUCUAGAUUCUCAAACUAGUGGUAUGGAUUUCAUCAAAGGAGGAAUUGACUAUCAGCGGUUAUUCCGGCCCUUACUAGAAGACACGGAAUCCAGAUUAGUUUUCAGGGUGAGAAGAUACAUUGAUACAAAUGUACUGAACUAUCAGAGGACGGGUAAAGAGUUAUCGAUUGAAAGUCGUAGGACUAGGCCAUCUGACGGUGAUACCGUUGAGCCUGAUUUGGAUAUGACGCUUUCGAAUACUUCAAAUGUCACGCCACUUUCGCCUCGGACGUCUUUCAUCUACCCACCAGUACUGAAAACAGUCAAGCUAUUGAGCAGGAUUUAUCAACUUGUUGGUCAAAACAUAUUUGAUGAUAUGGCUAAUUCAAUUGUUCAUUUGGCUAUUACAUCUCUGAAAAGCAACUUUGACGACGACGUUUCUUUGGAAUCCAAACUUUACGAAAUCAAGAAUUUGAUGUUUUUAAAAGAUUACAUGUCUUCUUUUGAUGUGGAAGGUUCCAGUCGAGAGACCACUUUUGAUUUCAGUGGUCUUACCGACUUGUAUCAUACAAUAAUGGGAAGAAGGAAAGCAUCAAAACACAGGAAAGACAUUUUAUCACUCCCUAACACAAGAAACCCUUUAUUUGCUGCCGUUCCUCGGGUUGUUACAGACUUUUUCAACUGUAAAGCAGAGAUAGUGACAACUCUAAGAGAAACCGUGCAUAGCUUUAUUGAUAUAUCCAAAGAUGUAUUUAUAGAGCCUUUAAACAGUUAUCCCGGUACGCUGGAUCUUGCUCACGCUAUGGAUAAAUUUAUGGACACUCUCCACAACGAAUUACCUAGAUUAGGUCCCCAAAUUAGGGAUUACAUUGAUGACCAACAGACUCUCUAUUUUCUUGUUGACGGCUUGCAAAAUGAGGUCAUGGAGGAGUAUCAGAAGUUCUAUAAUAAAGCCAUAGAAUUUGAGAAAUCCCAGAUGGUAGAGAAGUUACUAGACGAAGAGUCUGUCCUCUCCGUUUGGGGAGCCAUUGUAGAAGAUAUGUUGGGAGACCUAGAUAAUCAGGAUGAUCAGAACACCUCUGCGAUAGACUGA